CAUGCCUUAACUAAUUGAUCUUGUAGAUAGAAUGCUGACUCUGAAUCCAGCAAAGAGAAUUACUGCCAAAGAAGCAUUGAAACACUAAUACUUCCAAGCAAGAAUCUUUAUAAUGUGAUUUAUUAUAUCCUUAAGGCAGGAUGCCCAUAAUAGAAUAAGAUGCAUAGACACCAAAAGAUCCUCCAAUUCAAAAGAAGGUUAAAUAGGAGCAACAUAAACCUUUAUUACAGGGUAUCAAAAUUAAUAAAUGUAUGUGA